AUGUUCCUGGUUCCCCCUGGUACUUCAGAUGAAACGGCCAAGCUAUCCUUUACAAAGGCCAUGAUCCAAGACACAUACCCGUUAGAUACAUGGACACAGGUGUACACAGACGGCUCAGCCUCAGCUGCAAUAAAAGACGGAGGAGCUGGCAUCUUCAUACUGCAUACCUCGGGAAGAUCAGAGACAAAUAGUAUUCCAACCGGAAGGCACUGUACCAACUAUAGAGCAGAGGUUGAGGCCAUCAAACAAGCUAUUAAACUCAUUGAGGAGUCUCCAGAGAGCUGUCUCAACGUGGUUAUCUUCACGGAUGCUCUGUCAGUUCUCCAAGCACUGGAAAAUUCCAAACAAACAUCCAUCUCUAGGGCACUGUUCAGCCUAUGCAAAUCCAGAGUUGCGUCCUUACAAUGGAUACCUGCACACUGUGGUGUACCUGGAAAUGAGAAUGCAGACAGAUUAGCCAAGCUUGGAGCUACAAAUAACCAGCCACAAAAUGUCAUUACUCACGAGGAGAAGGUGACAAUGAUCAAAGCACUGACAAAGCUAAGGCCAACCAAGGAUAACUACCACCUACUAAACAGAUGGGAACAAGUCAUCAUCUUUAGGCUUCGCACAGGACAUAACAGGUUAAAUGCCCACAUGUGUACAAAGCUUAAAUUGUCUCCUUCUCCGAUGUGCCCCUGUGGCCUGGAAAAGCAAACUGCUGAGCACAUUCUGCAAAGAUGUCCACAUCUGAAGAACCAAAGGAAAAGUGUGUGGCCAAACAGCACCCCAAUGAAAACCAAAGUGCACGGCAAGAUGGAGGACCUGAAGAAGACGGCAUCCUUCAUUGCUGGAUCAGGGGUGAUUGUGUAG